AUGGCGCAUGGGAAAAAAACCAAAGGGCGACAAAAAAUCGAGAUGAAACUCGUCGCCGACGACAACGCACGACGGAUCACGUUCACGAAGCGCCGCGGAGGGCUCUUCAAGAAGGCAAUGGAGCUGUCGGCGCUGUGCGGGGCGGAGGUAGCCAUAGUCGUCUUGUCCGCCGCCGGCAAGGCUUAUUCAUUCGGCCAUCCAUGCGUCGACUCCGUCGUCGGCCGAUUCACAGACCAAAACGACGUCGGAGGCGACGAAGAUGAUGACGAUGACAAGUGCAAUAAUAGUUGCGCCGCCGACGAGCCGGUGCUGAGCCGGUUCACUGAGCAGAGCGAUAAAUUGAAUGAGGAGCUGGAGAGCGCCAAGCGGCGCGGGAAGGAGCUAGAAGAGGCUUUGAAGGGCUCGGUGGGGCCGAUAACUGGCGACUACUUGAGCCGGCUGGAUUUGGCUCAGCUUCAGCAUCUCAAGGAAGGUUUGGAGAAGCUGCGGGACGACAUAAGCGGCGCCGUGGGUGGCUCGGCUGAGGGAUCGAACCUGGCUAAGGUCAAGGAAGGGGGUGCAUUGGAUCCAAUUCCUUAUAAUUGGUUGAAAUUAUGA